UUUAAGUACCUACUACCUACAUGGUUCGCUGUACAUGUUUAUAUUUAUAUGAUUCUUUCAUUAUGAAAUAGAAUUAUUGAUUUUGUGUCGCUAAAUACUAAAUACAACUACCGUCGAAUUUUUUAAAACGCAUUCAACAACAGCAAAACAGUAACAUGGACUCAGUGACUCCACCGGUACUAAUGGAUUCAGUAACUGAUUAUUUAUAUCCAGCUCUAUUUCAGUGUUUUACAAUUAUCAUAUGUGGGUAUGUGGCAGGAAGACUAAAUUUAGUCUCGAAAGCAGAAUCAAAAGGGAUUGCAACAUUUGUGGGAACAUUUGCUCUUCCAUCAUUAAUAUUUUUGUCAUUAGCACGUUUAGAUUUCAGCACAGUGAAUUGGACAUUUCUAAUAGCAAUAUUAUUGGCAAAGGGCAUUGUCUUCUUUGGUGUGAUGAUAGUUACAAUUUUAGUGUCUAAGCCUGCACAUUUAGGACAGGCUGGUAUUUUCGCUAUUUUCUGCACACAAAGUAAUGAUUUUGCUUUGGGUUAUCCUAUAAUUAAUGCUAUAUAUGAAAAAACACAUCCUGAGUAUUCUCUUUAUUUGUAUUUAAUGGCUCCCAUAUCUCUGGCCAUAUUAAAUCCUGUUGCUUUUGUAUUGAUGGAAAUUAAUAAACAAAGAGAAAUUGAGAGAUCAGCCCCAGAUGCUGCACAGCGAAAAGAAAUAAGUAAACCAAAGAUGUUGUUACAAAUAUUUAAAGGCAUUGUGUUUAAUCCAGUAUUGGUGAUGACUGUUUUGGGUAUAGUGGGAAACAUUGUUUUUAAACAUAAGUUGUCCAUCUAUAUUGAAGGGUUAUUGGAUGUUUUUGGACAAUCUUUCUCAGCAGCUGCACUUUUCUUGUUAGGGUUACGAAUGGUUGGUCAAAUUACAAGGUUAAAGGGAGCAGCACUUGUUCUUCCUUGCGUUUUAAUCAUGGUUAAGUUAAUCAUCCUACCAGUAGUAAUGCGGGAGUGUGUCAGUGGUUUACAAGCUGGCACUAAUGAAAGUGAUACCCAAUCACUUGCAACUUAUGCAUUUUUAUAUGGCACCAUACCCACUGCUCCAGCUGUGUUUGUUUUCUCAAAUUUGUACCAAUUGGAAAUUGAUUUAAUGGCAUCAUCAAUGGUUAUUUGUACGUUUUUAUCAGCGCCAAUAACCUUCUUAUCGGCUGAGAUGAUAUCCAUAAACAAUGACUAUGCGGACCAAAUUAAACAAUUUGGCUUCGAUAUAUCUAUCGUUGCACUGAUUGCUGGAUUAUGGGUGCUACUUGUUUUUACUGUUACGAAGAAGUUUAAGAGAAUGCCACAUAGAUUGACCUUAUGCUUAAAUUUAACACAGAUACUCCUUGCUAUAAGCGUAAUAUGGGGUGGCCCUCUUAACACGUUUACUCCAUCAUUGAGUACUACAAUUCAGCAAUCACUACAAAUGUUUAGCGUAUAUUCCUGUCUUUUGUGGACUUCAAUGUUAUCCGUUGGCUUAUUUAUGCUAGAGAGCCGCGGACCGUGUUUCGUGGUAACUCUGUGGCCGGUGCUGGCGUUCGUGGCGUGGGGCGCUCCCGCAGUGAUGGUGGCGGCCCUCGUGCUCACCAAGCAGAGCGGCAGCGGCAUCAACGCGGACGCAUGUGACGCGAUCCGCCUUAGCGUGCUGUUCUUCUGUCUUACAGUGAGCACGGGCUGCCUCAUCUUGUACGUGAGGUUCCGCCGCCGCAGCGCUCAGUUCGCAAGCCUCUCCUCCGAGUCGCCGGAGGCGUCGCCCAACGAGUCGUCCAGCCUCGUCGAUAACGCUGAGCCCACUUCGCAUACGCAGUCCUUGUCGAACUAUGGCAUGGAAGAUCAAGGCUGUUAUGGAGCGAUAACUGCAACACCAUCGCCCAGCAAAAACCCCAACUGCUGCACUAACGAUAUCAAUUGUGAAAAUGGUACUGUUAGUGUGAACCAAGGGCGUGAUAUUGAAGACCUUGCCGCCAAUAAUAUGGGUUGCGCUUGUCCGUCCCACAAGAGUUGCAGUUCAGGCGCCAGUUGCCAAUAUCUGAACGAGCUGGAGCGCGCCGCGAGCUCGCUGGGGCUCGUGCCGCCCGAGCAGAGCCGCGGCCGCGGCGCGCAGCUGCUCAAGCACACUGUGCUCAUCAUCAUCUACUCUCUUAUGAUGUUUAUUGGAGUAACAUUCACAAGUUGGCGCGUGAUGCGUAAAGAUGAAUCGGGCGUAUUUAUUGAGAUACAAUUCCUGGAUACAGCCGCAGUUUACGGUCAGGCGCUGAUUAUGUUUGUGCUGUUUGGACUCGACCCUGAAGAGAUUUUCAUACCUGCCGUAAGAUUUUUCAAAAAGAAAUGGCAUGGCGCAGAUACAGUGGUAUUACCGCCGAUAGAAGACCUCAGCUUUGAAACGAGACAUAUCUGCGACCAAUUCAUUACCCACCAUCUGGAACGUUGUAAGGAAGCCAUCGCUAAGGAUACGAGAUGGCGCAUGCGCACAUACCACGGCGUGUUUCGUGGCUCGUGCCUGGUCCGCUGGCUCGUGUCCUGCGGCCUCACGGCCAACGAGCAGCACGCUGUAAAAUACGGUAGACAUUUACUCGAAGGACGACUGAUAGCGCACAUAAACAACGCGCACCACUUCACCAAUUCGCCGCUCUUGUACACUUUUGCGUAGUUCCCGUGUGACGUAACAGAUGGCGCUGUAACCAAAUGACCUGGCUAAGAAAUUAGGGCGUAGUCAUAGUAACCGAAAAUAGUUCAAAGUUCGUUUUUUUUAGCUAGCAAACCAAAUGAGUUUCAGAUAAAUAGUCUAUUAGUAGUUUUGCUUUGAAGUAAUAGCUAUGCAGUAUUUACGCUUAAUCUAUAAUUUAACAGAAAAAAUACGUACCUAUAUCAACAAUUAGCGAAUACAUAACAUAAAUUUUGUGUAAUAGAUUGCUAGUGAACUAUUUAUUUGUAAGACUUACCUUCAUUUGAUUCUACAAAAACAGACAUAAGUACCAAAAUUUAAAACAUCAAUUUGUGGGAAAUUAUUGUAUUAACAAUCAUUUUUUUGGUGCUAUGUCUGGAUUUUGUAAAUUUUAACUAGAAGUAUAAAAUUCAUAAGUUAUAUGCGUGCAUAGUUGUAACUUGUAAGGCCCUUCAUGCCAUUAAUUACAUUUAGUGUUAGUUAAUGAAACAGAAUAUUCCUGGUGUAAUUUUUGGCAAUGAAAAGAUUAUUUUGCAUUUUUGUGUUCUAUAUUAUAUACAAAUGAAAUACAUACAAAAAAAUUGUAUUAAUAUAUAUAUAUUUGAUGUCCAGCAUUCAUAAUCAAUUAAUUGAUCAUCAUACUAAUAAUUACUCUUGACAUAAAUUGUUUAAGUUUGAAAUAGAUCUAACAUUUAUUCAAUAUAAUCGAGCCUAGUAAAUAUGUAGACGUAAUUCAAAUGCCUUGCUCAUUAUCAAAAUAAAAAGCGAAAAUUAGGGCUUCUUAUGAAAAAUUUUUUGAGAAAUAAUGUAUUAUAUUAUAUUAGUAUUUAAAUUUAUCUUAUAGACAAUUUUUUUAUAGAAUAAUCAAUUCUUACCAGUGUCUAGUCGCUAUUUCCUCAAAACCGAUACUAGGUUUAUGUCGUUGCAAUGUUUGGUUUUGUAUUAUAUAUUUGGCCUUAGCAUAUUAAUGAUAUGUGGAAGAAAUAUAGGUAAUAUGUGGAAGGAAUUUGAGGCCUUUAACCGUAGUCUACAAAAUUUCAUAUAUAGAAUAAUUACAUCAUGAAAUUGUCAGAUAGUAGCUGAUAUGCAAGAGACAAAAAAUGUUGCUUUCAUCUUCUAUUGUGAGAUAUUUUUAUUGAAAACAAUGUAAUAUGAACGAAUCGUGUUGUUGUGGCUAAAACAGUAAAGAAAUCCAGUUGAGUAAUUUGAAGGCUUAAAAAUCACUGGAAUUAUAGGAUGUUAAAAAUUACUUUUAAUUAGACAGCAGAAGCAGUAUAAUUAAUACAUAAGACGUGCAAGUAACUAGUGAAACAUAUAGGAUAGUUAAGAUUUGUUUGAGCGCCGCCUAUUUUAUAAUUUACAAAAGCUGAUUUUCUCGCUUCAUAAGUUGUUUUUAUGCACAUAUGAUUAGAUGAAUUGUUACAUCAUGUUAUUCUUUUACAUAAUCAAUAUUUUUGUAACACAUUUUUUAGGUAUUUGUAACAUUAAUGUAUAAUUAUUCUUCGGAAACGUCUCUCAUAUCAAAAUUUAUACCUCUCUAAUCUCGUAAGAUUUGUUAUUUGUUGUUUUUAUUUAUUAUUCACAUGCCAGUGGGCUCGACGAGUGUAGGAAUGCAAAAUGGCUUCAUAAGUCAUUUUAAAUUUCAAAAAAAUUGGUAAUGUAUAAUAUCUAUCAAACCAAAUUUAAAUAGUUUUUUUGUUAUUAAUUUGACUUAUACUUUACUUAAUAAUUAUUUGUGUAUGACAAAGAUUAUGCACACUUGUGAGUACUCAUAGUAAAACAUAUUGGUACUAAGUAAAUGAAAUAGAACGGAUUCUGAAACCAAUUUUUGUAAUUUAAAUUUAUUUUAUAUACAUUAUAAUAUUGGUGUCUUAUUUAACACUCUUCAAUAUUUUUAGUUCAAGUAUAAAAAACUUCAAUAAAGUUGUACUUUUUCUUUGUAUGUACUAGGAUACGGUUUGAUGAGUCGCGAUAAUUUUAAUACUAACACAUAUUAUUUUUAUAAAAACUUAAAUGACACAAAAUAUAAUUAAAUGAAAACUUUAAGAGACUGAAACAAAGCUCUUGGUGCUGAAAGGAAGUAUUUUUUUAUUAAUUUACUUUUUUUUUUUUUUUACUUUAUUCAUGGAAAGGAAAUAUACCUACAAUCAUGGUGGAAAUAUUAUUGCCUUUCCAAUCGCAUUUCAUAAGUUUCAUAUAAUUUGUAACAAUGUUUUUUAUGUUGACAUAGGCGUGUAAGCACAAGUGAUCUCUAUAGAACUCAUAAAAGCACUGCGUAUUUAUAUUUUAUUUUUGCAUCACUGCUUAAUUUUAAGAACUUGCACUUGGGUUUCAUAAUAGAUACAAUAAAAUUUUGAAAUCAUGCAUAGACAAAUCGUGAAUUGCAUGUGAUAUGAAAUGGCUGUUAUACUUUAUGCUUAUUACAUGUUUGGUGUCUACAAAAAUGUUAUUGUUAAAAUUUGCUGAUCAUUUUAGCUGUAUAACUAUAUUAGUUUUUGAAUUGAAUAUAUUGUAAUCAUUGUUGUCUAUUUAUGAAGGUAUACAUAUUAUAUUAUAUGUUAUAUAAA